AUGUGUGAUCCUGUGGGAAUCUAUCAAGGCUCUGUGUGUGUCUGUGAUGAUGCAUGUCAUGGCAGAGGUCAAACAAACACGACAAACAACAAGAGUCAAGGCGAAAACCAGACAGAAAACAAGGGCGGAACAAUGGGGCCGUCCAUCAUAGGGGGCAAACACGACGAGCUGCACAGGGAGCCGAGUGUCGAAAGGGGGCACUUCUUCGAUAAUGGGACGACAGACAAUGCAGCAACGCAGACGAUCUCAACAGCAGUAAAUGCUGAGCAGAAAAGAUGCGCCUGCUAUGGCGAUCAUGAGGCGCAGGACAAGGAAAAGACGGCACGGGGCUGCAAACACUGGUUGGUCCUUAACCUGGUCAGCAUGCUCGUUGCUGGGUACAUCGCCCGAGCUGUAAUACCGUCUAAUGGUCGGGGGUCGCUUGCAUAG